GUUUAAAAAUCGUUCAAAAAUAUAUAAGUACAGUUUUUUUCAUAAGAUUUACAAGUUAUAAUAGUUUGAUAUAUUCUUUUUGAUGGACUCCCAUCAAAGCACUCGGGUGACGUUUCCGAACGCAACCUAGAUGGCAUACCAGACCAGCGACUCAGCUGGUUGAAAAUGGGGGAAUUCGACUAACCUUAAUCGCGAAUCGCGAGGCAUGUCGACUUUGGAAUUGUCUUUUAAACAUAUAGAUAAAAAUUAUCUUCCAUUCGACGUUAACCAAUGCGUUUGUGUGCGCGAGACAACCGGUUCAUGGCAAGCUCGAAUGCUGGCCGAUGAUGAUGUCGGUUCUAUGCAAACGGCCGAGAUUUUCUCUCUUGUGACAGAACGAGCGAGACGCAAGACGAACGGCAUGCUCUUUAACAUAUGUCGUAAUAAAACAUAUUGUUGUAGUUAACAGUCCAUUUCAACAGCCCGUGACUGCGCACAUUUCGUCAGGAUUAGAUUACAGUAAGAGAAGACGCCAACAGAAAGGUGAAUAGCUGAUAGCGAAGAUUCUGCAAAUUGUUGAGAAUUUCGACUUUUCUUAAUUUGUAAAAAAGUAAAAAAAAAAAACAAAAAUGGAUUUUUCGCUCAUGAGCAACUAUUUGGAAACGUAUUCCGGCAGGGACAAGAUGUUGAGAACCUUGUCUUAUACAGCAAAAUUACUUACUGUAUGUACUUCAUCCAAGAGUACCGAGAAGAAACUCAAGACCUUUGGAAGCCAGAUGAGCGAGUGCAGAGUGAUGUUGCGCUUGCUGGAUGAUCUUCCAACGCUUCACUACGUAAUAACAUAUGGAUGGGGCAAACAGGAACCUGACUGGUUGAUUAGAUGGAGCCAAGUGAUACAAAAUGUAGUAGACAUUGUUUAUUCUCCUAUAGAGACCAUUGCUUGGGCUGGUCAGCGUAAUAUAAUAUCAAUUAAUAAUGAAAAGUGGGAUCUUGCUACAACUUGGUUUUGGAUAGUUUCCUUACACCUGUCCCUACUGAAAUCAUUGAGACUAUUACAAAAGCUUCAAAAAUAUAAAAGAGGAUUAAAAAGAAAUAAUUCUAGUACGCAAAUGUUAAAAGAUCUUAACAAGCAGCGGCGAAAUGUGCUAUUGACGUGUACACGUACUAUACUGGAUAUUUCCUAUGCGAUUAGCUAUUUGCCUCCAGGAGUACUUUGGGGAGGCCGUUUUAAAACAUGGCAAGUUGGAGCCCUUGGUACAAUAUCGUCGUUAAUAGGACUUUAUCAAGCUCUUAGCCGUCAAAAAUAGAAAACUGAAAAUAUUUCAAAUAAUCAUUGAGGAGGGUUAAAAUGUUUAAAAAUGUUGGUAAAUGUGUUGUAUAUAUUAUAAAAAAUCACAUUGUAUGUAUAUUGAUACGUAAAUAUAUAGUCCAGCCAAUAUUAACUAAAAAGUAUUAUUAAGUAUCAUUAAAUAUUACAUCAAGAGUACAUUGAAGUAUAUUUUUCUGAUUUUUUAAGAUAAUCAAGGUUUAAAUUAAUUUAUUGCACAAAUUGAACAAUGCUUCACACUUUUACAAUAUUAAUUUUGUGUCCUAAAAUAAAAAGAAUGUUUUGAUUUUUCCAUUCACAAUUGUUGAUUAAGUUAGAAUAUUACAUACAUCUGUAAAAAAAGUUUUAUUAGUUCUAUAAUGUAUACAUAACAGGAAUUUGGGGGUAAUAAAAAAAGAAUUUUAUCGUUGUUAUCGUACUUGUCUAAUAAUAAAUACAUUAUUCUAUUUUUGUUAACAAUUGUUUGUAUAAAUAAACCAUUUUAAAACAUUUUAAUUAUUAAAACUUUUCUUAAUACCUUGUUAUUAAUAAGAUUUUUAUUAAACAACACUGUGAGACAGCGCACAACUCACAGUAAAUAUGACAAUGACCAAGUUAUCUUAUAGGAAAAAGUUCUUUAUCAUUAACUCUUAAAAUACUCAAUAAUUAAUUUUAAAUUAAUUUAAAUUUAGAUUUUUUCAUAAACAUCGUAUAUGCGAUAAUAUUACGAUCGAAAUAUCUAGAGUUAAAUGUGAAUUAUGAAGUUUAAAUUGAAUAUAGAUAUUUUAUAUAUUUAGAUGAAGCUUUAAGUAACUGUUUUAGCAUUAUUAUUUGUUUAUAUAUGGCUUAUAUAUGAUACAAUGUCAUAAAACUUGUUAUUUUAUGUGUAAUGUACACAACCAUUAUACAUAUAUGUGUGUGUGUGUACUGUUAAUAUUAUUUUUUUUACAUUAUUAAUAAAAGCUAAAAGAUAGGAGAGGCACUUCUCAUCUGAACUUAAACUGAAGCACUUUUUGGACUUAUCCACGCUGCGAUUUAUCACACCAUCGCUUUACAAUUAAUCUAAUUUUAGUUACAUCAAUAUUAAUCGGCUUUCUUCACCUUCUAUUUAGCUUAUUUUAUAUCUCUUCAACAAGAGUAUUUAAUUAAAUAAAUUAUGACCGAUUCAUAAGUCUUAUUUCAAGAUCGUCUUAAAUAAUGUCUUAAGAUGCUAAUACGACUCUAGAGUUAAUACCGAUUGGUUGAUGACACUUUAAGAUAGUAAAACGAUUUUAAGUGUAAGACUCGAUUAUGAAUUCCGACUUAUAUAUAUUCUAGUCCGAUCAAUGGAGUGCAAUUUUUCAGCUCAAUUUUGUUAAAAGCUUAACAUUGCACAUAUUGUAAGUUGUUAUACAUAGUUUAAAAAAUAAUUGAUAUCAGCCAAGUAAACAAAUCUACGAGAAUUACAUUUAAAAGGCACGACUUAUUAAAAUCUUUUCAAAUAGCAUGCUGCAUAUAAUUAAAAUUUCUCUCCGAUAAAAUCCUAUCGAAAUUGAAAUCUAUAAUACUGCUGUUUGGAGUACAAUAAUUUAUAUUAAAUAACUUUGACACUAAAUGUAGUGCCUUUGAUAGAAUAUACUUAUAUAUUGUAUCGAGUUUUAAAGCAUUUUUUCUUUAAUAAUGCUUAUAUAUGUAGCAACCACGUUAUCAUUAUUUAUCAUGUACAGUGUGAUAUAUAUUUAACAAGAUAUACAAUAAAUCGUCCAUAAAUAUUUCUCAGAGAAUAUUAACUUCACAUCUAGACUGUGGUCAAAACUUCGAAGCAUUUUAAUUAAUCAAUUAAAACAAAGAAUUUUACGAACUGAUCAAUCAAAAAUGCUUCGAAGCAUUUGUAGCAUCAAGUGGACUUUAGCCUUAAUUAUAUGUAAAUUUAUUAUCACUCGAGCGAAUAGUUUUACAUUUUUCUUUAGCAAUGUGUAGUGCACUUUGUUGCAGACUGAAUAUAUCAUCUUCAUUUCUAUCAU